AUGGUUAGCGCAUUGCUUAUGGUGUUUACCGCCGUCGUUGCUCUCGCCGCCGGUCAUGGCGCCGCCUUCGACCCUAACCCUCUCCAAGACUUCUGCGUCGCCGACUCUACAUCCAAAGUGGACCACCCAGGCGGCACGGCGAGCCGUCGGUGCGGGUUCACGGCGCUGCCCGUGCAGAUCCCGGGCCUGAACACGCUGGGAGGGUCGCACGCGCGCGUCGACGUCGCGCCGGGGGCGGUGUUCCCCGCCGCACUACCACCCGCGGGCGUCGGAGAUGGCCUGGACGGUGCCGUCUACUUCGGCUUCAUCACGUCGUACCCGGACAACAAGCUCUUCGCCAAGGUGCUGCGCAGGGGCGACGUCUUCGCCGUGCCGGAGGGCCUCGUCCACUUCCUCUACAACAACGGCACCGCGCCGGCCGCGCUGUACGCCACGCUCAGCAGCCAGAACCCCGGCCUGGUGCUGCUCGGCGACGCGCUCUUUGGCUCUGGCCUCGCUGACGACCUCCUCGCCAAGACGUUCCUCACCGACCGGGAGACGGUCGACAAGAUAGGACUCAAGUUCCGGUCGUAG